UGGUGAGGGGGGAGGUUUUGCUCUAUCUUUUCAGUAUACAGGCUCUUUUUUAACAGACAACACUUCUUCUGUCUCAGUACCCUACAGAUCUACUUUUAUCUUAUUUUUGUUAUGUAGGAGUUACAAACCUGCAUUUCUAUUACCUUUUUUUGAAAAAUGGUUUGAAUUUUGCCAGCAUCCAAACUGAUAAGUAAUUUUAUCAUCGCAUUUUUUUUUUCCAUGAUUGAAUUACUACUUUUCUACAGCUACAAUGCAGAGAAAACGUUUUUUGUUUUAACGGCACUGCAGAGUUAGGUCAAAAGCAAAAAUGCCACAAAAGUAAACUUAAUUGUUACCAAGGUACCACUAAACAAUAUGGCACUUUUCUUCACUUGAUUGGAUUUAUGUGCUGAUUUUUUUUUAAAUUAAAAAUGCUGCAGCAGAAUUUUAUAGCUUUGGAUGUUCUGGCAGAUCAUGUUUGACAGCAGAAUAGACAGGGGUUCUGACCUAGUAGCUCAACUUUUUCUGUUUCUGUAAAGUUGCCAAAAUAUGUAUUUUUACUGUAAUAGAGUGCACAGAACCGUUGCCAUGGACAUACAAUGGGACAUGGUAUACACUUUAUUUUUGUUCCUGUUUCUCUACGGCCACAUCAAUCUCAGCAUGGCCAGCCAAGAUGUUGAUGAAUGCGUGGAAGGAACAGACACAUGCCACAUAGAUGCCAUCUGCCAAAACACCCUUCGGUCAUAUAAGUGCAUUUGCAAGUCUGGAUACACAGGGGAUGGAAAGCACUGCAAAGAUGUGGAUGAAUGUGAACGCGAUGAUAAUGCAGGAUGCGUACACGAGUGUGUGAACAUACCUGGCAACUACAGGUGCAUGUGCUAUGAUGGCUUUCGAUUGGCACACGAUGGACACAACUGUCUUGAUUUAGAUGAAUGUAUGGAAGGCAAUGGGGGCUGCCAGCAGAUAUGUGUCAAUAUGAUGGGGAGCUAUGAGUGCCGCUGUCGUGAAGGAUUCUUUCUCAGUGACAACCAACAUACAUGUAUCCAGCGUCCAGAAGAAGGCUUCCUCUGCAUGAACAGGAACCAUGGAUGUGCACAUAUUUGCCGAGAAACUCCAAAGGGUGUGUCCUGUGAAUGUCGACCGGGCUUUGAAUUAACAGGAAAUCAAAAAGACUGCAAAUUAACCUGUAACUAUGGUAAUGGUGGCUGUCAGCACACAUGUGACGACACCGAUCACGGACCGCGAUGUGGUUGCCAUGUCAAAUUUAUUUUGCAUUCCGAUGGCAAAACUUGCAUAGGGGAGAGACGCUCCGAUCAGACUCCUAGCGCCCCGAUCUUAGCCAAUGAGACUUGCUCAGUGAAUAAUGGUGGCUGUGACAGUCGAUGUCAUGAUGCAGUAACAGGAGUUCACUGCAGCUGUCCUAUGGGUUUCAUGCUACAAGCAGACAGGAAGACCUGCAAAGAUAUUGAUGAAUGCCGUGCCAAUAAUGGUGGCUGCGAUCAUAACUGUCGUAAUUCAGUUGGUAGCUUUGAGUGUGGUUGCAAAAAAGGUUACAAACUGCUAAUUAAUGAAAGAGGCUGCCAAGAUAUUGAUGAGUGCUCCUUUGACAGAACAUGUGAUCACAUCUGUGUCAACACUCCUGGGAGCUUUCAGUGUUUGUGUCACAAGGGCUAUACGCUAUAUGGACUCACUCACUGUGGAGAUAUAGAUGAAUGUAGCCUUAACAAAGGGGGCUGCAAAUAUGGUUGCAUCAAUAUACCAGGAGGCUUUGAGUGUACCUGUCCAGCUGGCUUUAAACUUCACUGGAAUCUGAAAGACUGUAUAGAGCUGGUAAAAUGUAUGAUGGCUGGAAUGUCCUCUCGUGCGGCUUUGACUUGCUCUCGAAAUGGGAAGAAGGACACCUGCUCUCUCACGUGUAGCUCAAAGACUUUGCUGCAGCCAGAGUCAGAGAGCAGUUAUAUUUUCAGCUGUGGAUCUCCAGCACAUAAACCUGGACUCAGCCCUAAACAGAAUUCUAGCCAUCACUGCACUGAAACUCUGGUACCACCAGUAAAGCAGAGAGCAUCAUUCAAACUUAAAGAUUCCAGAUGUGGCCUGAGAGUGCGUGGCAGAUCAGCAAGAGGGGAGGAAAGCGCAAGACAUGGAAGUUCUCAUGCAUCAUGCUCAGACUGCCAGCUAACAUAUAUUCAUUUGAAAUGCGAUUCUCUCUGGAGGAAUAAAGGCCGCAGCACUCGCUCUUCUCCCAGUAAAGAGGUUACCAGGAUCUCAUUAGAGUUGGAAGCUGAAGUCAAAUUGGAAGAGGCCACAUCAAGCUGUGGGCUGACAUGCCUCCGCCAGCGACUAGAACGUAAGAUUAAAUCUACACUGAAAUCUUUGAGGAAAUCUAUCAAUCAAGAGAGAUUUGUGAUACGCUUAGCAUCUGUAGAAUAUGAGGUAGCACAAAAGGGUGGCACAGCAACCGAAAGGGGAGAAAACUGCACUCCAGGACAUCACCGCAUGUGGGGAAAAUGUGCUAGCUGCCCUCCUGGUACAUAUUACAAUGGCCAACUUGAUCAAUGUCAAGCAUGUGCCCAGGGGACCUUCCAAGAUAAAGAAGGGCAGCUGUUUUGUGACCUGUGCCCAGGGGCAGAAGCCAGCGGACCACCAGGAGCCGUUAAUAUUACAGCUUGUACUGGUCAGUGCCUUUCAGGCCAAUUCUCUACAGAUGGUUAUAGACCUUGUCAAUUGUGCCCACGUGGUAUGUACCAAACAGAAUCUGGGCGGACUCACUGCAUACCUUGUGGAGGGGGACUGAGCACUAGACAUGAAGGAGCCAUAUCUUUCCAAGACUGUGAAACUAAGGUUCAGUGCUCACCAGGCCAUUAUUAUAACACAACUCUACAUCGCUGUAUUCGCUGUACGAUUGGCUUUUAUCAGCCUGAAUUCCGGCAGAACUUCUGUAUUGCAUGUCCUGGAAACUCCAGCACGGACUUCGAUGGCUCCACCAGUGUCGCCCAGUGCAAGAACCGGCAUUGUGGAGGGGAACUGGGGGAUUACACCGGUUUUCUAGAGUCACCAAAUUAUCCAGGAAAUUACCCUUCUAGCGUUGAAUGUACAUGGAACAUCAAUCCACCACCCAAACGUAAAAUUCUGCUAGUGGUACCUGAGAUUUUCCUGCCCUCUGAAGAUGAGUGUGGAGAUGUACUGGUCAUGCGCAAAAAUGCUUCACCUUCUUCCAUCACCACCUAUGAGACUUGUCAGACAUAUGAGCGACCAAUUGCCUUCACAGCACGAUCACGCAAGCUUUGGGUGCACUUUAAAAGUAAUGAGGUCAAUAGUGCCCGUGGUUUCCAAGUGCCUUAUGUCACAUAUGAUGAGGACUAUGAACAACUAGUAGAAGACAUUGUGAGAGAUGGGAGACUUUAUUCAUCUGAAAACCACCAGGAAAUUCUAAAGGAUAAGAAGCUGAUUAAGGCUUUUUUUGAGGUCCUUGCACACCCUCAAAACUAUUUCAAAUACACAGAGAAACAUAAGGAGAUGUUACCACGAUCCUUUAUCAAACUUCUGCGCUCCAAAGUAUCAGCCUUUUUGCGACCGUAUAAGUAAUAUGAACUGGAUUAUGGACUGUGAAGCAAAUGCGCAAGCACAUUGUAUGUGCAGAGGGCCACAUUUAUAUCACAAUCAGCAAAAUGCACAAGAAGAACUACAAUAUGACUAAACAUAUUGAUAGAGUUUGCCAGCAUAUGAUUUAAUAAGACUGAUGCGUUUUAAACGUUUGUGUCCUUUUGAUGAGGUUAGGCUGGUAUAGAAAGACAUUACACUAACCCGCAACGUCCUCAUAUGCUAUGUAUUAUUGACUGUGGCCAUGUCAUUAAAAAAAAUGAUGGGCACAAACCACCAUUGUACAAUGGACAUCUUGGAUGAUGCCGGUUUUGGAAACACUUUAAGGGUACAGAGUUUUAAUUUUUUUUGACAACCUCUGAACCAAAAGAGUAAUUUAGUAAUUUCGCCAUAUUUUUUAACAAUAAUAUCCUUUAAACAGUUUCUUGAAAAAUUAUCUCAUGUGAUCCACUGUAUAAGCCUGUUGAAUGUACAAACUGAUAAACGCCUUAGGACUGUU